AUGGCGGCUUUGAUGGACCUCGAGGUAGAACAAAUGGAUGUGAAGGCAAUAUUUCUUCUUGGUGACUUAGAAGAAGAGAUAUAUGUGGAGCAACCUAAGGGGUUCCGAGCUCUAGACCAAGAAGACUUAAGUGAGAUACCAACAGAAAGCAAUGAUUUCCACAUUGUUGAAAUCAGCUCUUUACUGACAGACUCAAAUUGCAGCCAUUCUGCCACAGUCUCAUCCAAAGAGGAGGGUCUGAAAUUGUUCCACAAAUAUGGACCCUGCUCUCCAAGCAAGCAUGGCAAAGCAAAUGCUCCUUCUGUACGUCAAAUCCUUGAAGGAGACCAAACAAGAUUGAACUUCAAGCAGCAGUCCAAGCUCUAUGGCGAGAAUACUGUUAAAGUAAAGUUGGAUAGUAGCAAUACUUUUGAAUACGCUGUAAAUGUGGGUCUGGGAACACCUAAAAAGGAGUUGACGCUUGUGAUGGAUACAGGAAGUAGUCUCAUAUGGACUCAAUGCCAACCUUGUAAGCUUGGAAGUUACCAUGGUUGUUACAAGCAAGCAGAUCCAAUCUUUGAUCCAUCAAAAUCUUCAACUUACAUCAACGUUACAUGUCCCUCACACACAUGCAGUCUGACCAAUACCACGUUAGGAUUUACAACUUGCUCUUCUACCUCAACAUGCGAGUACGCGGAAGCUUAUUUAGAUGGAUCAUCACUCGCUGGAUAUCUUGCUAAAGAAAGGUUAAGUGUAGGAUCCGAUACUUUCGAUGACACAAUAUUUGGGUGUGCUGAAUUCAACGCUAAUGUCAGCGUCGCCGGCACUGAUGGCAUACUUGGAAUGGACCGGGGUUUUUUAUCAUUUGUGGAACAAACAUCCAGCACAUAUCAGAGAGUUUUUUCAUACUGUCUCCCAUCAAAAGCAAGUGAGAUUGGUUUUCUCAAAUUCGGUAAGGCUAAACCAGUUUCGAAAUCCUUGAAAUUCACACAGCUAGGAGCAAGUUAUAGCAUUAAUAUUGUUGGAAUAAAACUUGGCAACACCAAACUUCCAAUUGCUUUCCAGAAGGGUACUGCAAGCAUUGAUUCUGGUACUGUUAUUACAAGGUUACCUACCAAGGAUUAUAUUACUUUGCGAGAAGCAUACAGAAAAGCCAUGUCCCAUUAUCAGUUGGCGAAACCGUUUGUAAUUCUCGACACAUGUUACCACGUUGGUAGUCUUCUUAAACUUAAAAUUCCGAAAAUGAGCUUCUUGUUUGCAGAUGGUCUUGUUUUAGAUCUACCUCCCAUUGGUCUUGCUUUCCCAAUUAACUCCAACCUUGUUUGUUUGCCAUUUGCACCGUAUCCGGGAGGUGUAGAUCGUGUGCUUUUUGGAAACUUCCAACAGAAAACGCUAGAGAUAGUGUACGAUGUUGCAGGAGGAAAAUUUGGAUUUGGUUACGGUGGUUGCAAAUAG